AAUUGAAUGUCAAUGUAAAGGUGAAGCAUGAUAGCUUGCAGUGAUAAACCGUCUACUAUUCUAGGACAUACAAAUAUGCAUACUCAACAAGGCUAUUUGGCCAGCUCACAAGCAAAUGCACUCAGGAUGUUAUACCCGCAGCUUGCUUACGCGAAUUAUCCGGGAAACUUAGCGGCACUGGCUUUAGCCACGCAAGGACAAUACCCGUACGAAUAUGCUCAGACUUUAGCAAGUCAUAUGAAUUUUGCAAUGGAAACAGGAUUAGCAUCGCGAAAAUCUAUGACCCUGUCACCAAACAGUAGUAUUUCAGAUGGAAAGGACGACAGAUACUUCAAAACAGAUGAUUGUGAUAGCGACAGUGAAGGAAGCGACGGGCAACAGGGCAAACGUCGCCGAACCCGCACUAAUUUUACAGGGUGGCAAUUAGAAGAGCUUGAAAGAGCUUUCCAAGAGAGUCACUACCCGGAUGUGUUCAUGAGGGAAGCUCUUGCCAUGAGGCUUGAUCUUGUAGAAUCAAGAGUUCAGGUAUGGUUCCAAAACCGUAGAGCAAAGUUCAGAAAGCGAGAUAAUACAAAGAAAGGUCCCGGUCGUCCAGCACACAACGCCCAUCCUCAGACUUGCAGCGGAGAACCCCUCGAACCAGACGAGAUCCAGAAACGAGAAAUCGAGAGACUUGAAAAGAAGAAACGCAAGCAAGAGGAGCGCCUAAGGAAAAUGGAAGACAAAAGAAAAACUCUAGGGGAACAUGACAUCAUGUCUGAAGAUGAGCAUAAAGAUGAUAAUUUAGAAUCCAAAAAUGAUGAUUCAGAUCAUAACAAUACUUUUAGAGAAGAAAAUGAACUAGAAUUACAUGAAGAAAAGAAAAGAAUUUGUGCAUUUAGUAUUGAUAGACUACUCGAAGAACCAAAAGUACCGCGCGGUAGGAGACCUAAUUCAAAAUAUCCACGGGUUCAGGCAUGUAAAUCAAUUCCCUCAAUUGGAAUAGGGAUGAUGCCUCUUUACCCUGUCACACAGCCUAUUGGCUUCGUUGUUGAACAAAGACAAGACGAAACAAAGUCAGAUGCUGAUGUGUUGGAUAACAGUACCUCUUCUGAUGAAGGACAUCACAGCUUUAACACUAAUGUGCAAUCUCCAGUAACACAUAAUGAUUCAGAAAUUCGACAUUACGAAAGUGAUGAUGAGGAAGAAAUAGACGUUACAGAUGAUGAAAUUCAUUAGUACAUAUAGCUUGAUAACAAAAUUCAACUGUUUAAAUCUGGCAAUUUAAAGAUAGAAGUCAAAGUUUUUUGGAAUGAUGAAAUAUGAAUUGAUUUCAAGUUUAACAAGUUGACUUUUAGUGUGUAAGCGACGGUAGUGUAAUACUUUUUUGUCGGAGGAUGAAAAUUUGCAAUUAUAACAAUUAAAUACCUCAAAUAUCAUUGUUCCAGUAGUACCCAUGUCCUUAGACGUAUAUUUCGUGUGUUUUAUUCAUAGUUUGUUAAACCUUACAAAUUCUUUAUUUGUUUUGCUUUUGCAUUUCAUCUUUUUUACUUUCUUUUUUAUUGUAUUCAGUAAAUAUCUAUACUGUUAUCUUAUUACUUGUUGAAGACGCAAUAAAUUUGAAAAAAGAAA